ACCCGGGCACACCUGUGGCAGGUACGCGCUGCGGGGGGCACGGGCCGCGCUGUUCCGGCUGCGCUCGGAAGGUUCUAUCGCCGAUAGCGCGGCGGGCAUGUCGCGACAUGCGACCGCGACAGGGAGGGAGAGAAGGACGGGCCUUGGACCUCCCGCCCGCCAGGGGGCGCCCGCCGGGCGGCAGCGCGAUGAUGACGCGCUUCCGGCGAUGACGUCAGAGGCAGCAUGGCGGCGGCGGAGAAGGCGCAGCGCUACGAGGCGUUCGUCAGCGACGUCCUGCAGCGCGACCUGAGACCACGCCCCUCCCUGCAUAACAAACAAGUUGUGGCCGCGCCGUUCGCGGGGACCACGCCCAUUCAGUGGCCACGCCCCCUCGUUGUGACCACGCUCGUUCCCCGUCUCGCCCCGCCCCGGGAGGCCACGCCCCCCGGAGGCCCCGACGCCGACGCCCCCCUGCACACCCAGGUGGAUCUCGGCUGCAAUUUCUUCGUCAGCGCCGAAGUCCCGGACCCCCGGCGCGUUUUCGUGGCUCUGGGUUUCGGGUUCUUCGCGGAGCUGACGCUGCCCGAGGCCCUGCGGCACCUGGAGCGCCGCAGCUCGCUCCUGCAGAGGCUCAGCGAUUCCCUGACGCGCGACGGGGCCAAGAUCCGCGCCCACAUCCGCCUGGUGCUGGAGUACCCCCACGCUCUGCCCCUCCCCCAGGGCCUGCGGGAGCUGCAGGGGCUGCAGGAGCCCCCCGUGACCUCUGACCCCUGAGGGAGCCGCCCACCUGCGCUGGCCACGCCCCCUCGCCUGCGAGUAAACCUGGAGUAGAGCGGAGCUGGGGCACCCGGAGUAGCCCGGGAGUAGCCCGGGAUUAACCCGGGAGUAACCCGGGAGUAACCUUGGAGUAACCCGGGAAUAAACUUGGAGUAACCCGGGAGUAACCUGGGAGUAACCUUGGAGUAAAGAGGAACUUUUACACCUGGGAGUAAAGUGUGUGUAAAUAUGGAGUGAAGUGGAGUUUUUACACCUUGGAGUAAAGCAGAGUUUUUAUAUCUCA